AUGGGAUUUUUUCAAGUCUUGAAAAGAGAGCUUGAGGGACCAGAGAUCACAGAAACAAGACGGGAUCAUGUCGUGAACUCUUUGGAUCUGGCUUCCGAUCAGAACUCAAAAAGCAGUCUCAACAAGGACAGAACUAUUGAAGUCGAGGAACGUUCUAUAGAGAUCGAUGAGCCAUACAUCGACCUUGAGCUCCAUCUCACGCCUGAGGAGAUUCAUAGGAGGAAUACCUCGAAACUUUUUAAGGUGAGACAAUUUUUUUGGGAUGGCACCGAUAAGCACCCCAAGGAGCAAAAGUACCUUUGCAAGUUGGAUUUCUUUCUUCUCAGCUCUUCGAUGCUUGGAUACUUUAUCAAGAAUUUGAAUCAAUCCAAUGUCACUACUGCCUACGUUAAUGGUAUGGACGAGUAUUACGAAAUGAAUCAAAACCAGUACAACUACUUAGUCACGUUAUGGACCAUUGGUUAUAUUGUCGGACAGAUCCCUUCGAACUUGAUUUUGCAUAGAAUUUCUGCCCGUUACUACUUGGGCGGCCUAGAAAUAAUGUGGGCUGUUUUGACCCUUCUUAUGAUAACUUGCAAAAACAUACAGUCCCUUUAUGCCGUUCGUUUUUUCCUUGGGUUCUUGGAGUCAGGGUACUUUCCGGGCUUGGAAUAUCUUGUUGGAAGUAAUUAUUCGGCAUCUGAAUUAUCCACGAGAUCCGCUUAUUUCGCCGUGGCUGGUAAUGCUGCAGGGUUGAUUUCUGGACCUUUGCAGUUGGCUGUUUUGAAGCACUUCGGACAUUCGUCGAUGCCACCUUUUAAAUGGAUGUUUGUGCUCGAUGCAGUUAUAUCAUUCCCAGUUGGUAUCUAUACCAUGAUAGUGGACCCAAACACGCCAAGUACCACUGAUGCAUUCUACUUCUCACAAGAGGACAGAUUGGUGGGCCUUGAGAGAAGAAGAAGAAUCGGUGCACAAUUGAACACUCGUGAAAAGUACCUGUGGAAGAAGAUCAAGGGUUUUUUCGACACAUGGCACAUUUACGUGUUCCCAUUAUUGUUCUUGGCCUACAAUAAUUCCUGCGCUGCCAAUAGUCAGCCUGCGUUUCAAACGUGGAUGAAACUUGAUCUUAAGUUGUCACCAGAUAAGUAUAAUACGUUUCCUUCCAUUCUUACAGCUUGUGGUAUUGGAACAACCUUAUUUUUGGCCUAUUCUCAUAAUUUUAUUGGCGGAAAGAAGAAUCAUUUCUAUGUCAUGAGUUACUUUGUACUCUUGAUAUUGGGCUGUGCUCUACUAGCUCAUUGGCAUAUACCAAGAGGCCUUCACUGGUUCUCUUACUUUCUUGUUGGAGUGCCUACCUCCUAUGGUCAGCCCUUUAUUUUCUCGUGGGUCAAUCGUUUACUAUUUGAGGACGAUAUGAAGAGAAACUUUGUGGUUGUUUGCACAAACACAUUGGCAUAUGUUACAGGUGCCUGGGUGCCGAUUUUUGUCUGGAAUACAGCAGAUAAGCCUAGAUAUUAUAUUGGGUUCACAUACACAGCAUGUCUUGCGGGUUUUGGUUUGAUCAUGACAUUGAUUGCUUGGCGAUUGACAAUAAGAGACAAAAACAGGGAAGAGAGGAAACUAGGUGACGAAGUUUCAGAAGAAGGUUCCCUCAAAGAUGAAGGCGUUGUUGGAACUUCCAUUGCACAUGUGACAAAACAAGUAUAG